UGUUUAUUUUGUUACUAAAUCAAAAUGGCGACAGCGUUGUGCUGUUUAGUCACAAUGGAAUAAUAAUCCGUGUAAUAAUAAUUGUUUUAUUGUGAUUUAUUAAUGUGACAUGUAUAUAUUAUGUGAGAAAUAAUCAUUUAUUAUUAUUGUAAAGUAUUAUAUAUAUAAAUAAUAAUAAAUAAAUCGAUAUCUAUUGUAAUAAAAGUGAUACGUGAUCUGACAGCGUGUUCGUAAUGGCCGAUAAUACCACUCCUUUGCCCAGGCGGCGUCAAUUGAGAGAACGUACAAGAAAAUUAUAUACUGAUGAUUUCACAUAUGGUGAUGAAGAAAUCGAGGGUAAAAGAACUUUUAAACUUGAUGAAAAAAUCGAAUGUGAAAGAUAUGACCUUAAAAAUUUUUCGGGACUUUUCCGUGAAAUGACUGGACCAGAACUUAAUCUUGCUUAUGUACAAAAAAAUGGUUUAAAUAUUCCAUUAUUAUUUAGAGACAGUUCUGGACUUGGUUUAAGAGUACCAAGUUCUAAUUUUUCAAUCAAUGAUGUUAGAACUUGUGUUGGAUCAAAGAGAAUAUUGGAAGUCAUGGACGUGGAUACACAAAAAAAUGAAGAGAUGUCAAUGAAAGAUUGGCAAAAAUAUUACGAAGAUCCUGAAAAAGAGAGAUUACUUAAUGUUAUAUCAUUAGAAUUUAGUCAUACUAAGCUAGAAAAUUAUGUCCAAUCUCCAACAAUAGUUAGACGAUUAGAUUGGGUAGAUACAGUGUGGCCACAACAUUUAAUCGAAGCCCAGACAGAAUCGACAAACGUUUUGGGGGAUAUGAUGUAUCCAAAAGUUAAAUUAUAUUGUUUAAUGUCGGUAAAAGGUUGCUAUACCGAUUUUCACGUUGAUUUUGGUGGAACAAGUGUCUGGUACCACAUACUCAGAGGAAAAAAAGUAUUUUGGUUGAUUCCGCCAACGGAAAAAAAUUUAGAUUCAUAUCAAGAGUGGGUUCUAAGUGGUAAACAAUCAGACGUAUUUUUUGGUGAUAUGGUCGAUCGUUGUGGUCGUGUUUGUCUUGAAGCUGGUAUGACUCUUUUUAUCCCGACUGGUUGGAUUCACGCUGUUUAUACUCCUGCAGAUUCUUUAGUAUUUGGUGGUAAUUUCUUACAUAGUUUUGGUAUAGAAAAACAACUUAAAGUAGCUCAAGUUGAGGAACAUACUAAAGUACCUCAGAAAUAUCGUUAUCCAUUUUUUACAGAAAUGCUCUGGUACGUGUUAGAACGUUAUGUUCACGUGCUAUUGGGUCGUAGUCAUUUAGAUGUUCCUGAAGCUCAUCGUCAACACUCUUGGUAUCGUUUAUCACCGCCGCAAUAUCAUCAACAUCUUACGCCAUAUGAAUUACAUGGAUUAAAAUCAAUAGUUAUGUAUUUACACUCGUUACCGUCAACUAAAAAAAAUGUACCAGAUUUAAUCCGCGAUCCUGUUGCUUUGAUUCAUGACGUAAGAGGGCUUGUUGAACAACACAGACAUGAUAAUCCUGAUGCUGCUAUUACAGGGCGUCCAAUUUUACCAGCACCACCACCUCUGAGCAUCGCCGAACGAGAAUUUCUUAAAGUACCUAAAAAACAGUCUCCAAAAAUUCCAAAAUCUGAAACGAAAUCAAUGCCACGAAGACGACGUACGAGAUGUAAAAAAUGUGAAGCAUGUACGCGACAAGAUUGUGGAGAAUGUGUUUAUUGUCAGGAUAUGGUUAAAUUCGGUGGAAGUGGACGAGCCAAACAAACUUGUAUCACUCGACAAUGUUUGAGGCCCAUGUUACCAGUAACUGCGGCUUGUAAAAUUUGUAAACUUGAUGGAUGGGGUCAACAACCAGCGCCAUUGAUGGGUAAACCAAUAUCCGGAGUACCAUCAAGUCUGAUGGAAUGUUCUAUUUGUUUUGAUAUCGCUCAUCCUGAGUGUCUUGGAGUUGAGUUACAAAAAGUUGUGGUAAGUGAAGACGUCCCUAAUAGCUGGGAAUGUCCGUCUUGCCUUCAGAGUGGCCGAAAUCUGGACCAUAGACCACGUCAAGUAAAAGCGCGAAUUCGUAAAGUAUCUGUGUCAAGUGCAGCCUCAUCAGCUCCUACAACUGACUCUGAAAGAGCUACCACUCCAAGUAAAAGAGCAAGACCAGAGCCUACUGAGACGUGGAAUGACCGAGAGCCUGCUGAAGGUGAUCAACGAUCAGCUUUGAGGACUCAAUUAGCAGCACAGUUGAUUGGUUCUAGUAAUAAAUCUUUAAAGAAACCUCACGUUGUUGUUAGACCCGUCCAAUUACCAUUUGUUCAACGUUCUGAACACAAUGGCCAGUGGUCAGCGACAUAUGAUCGAGAAGUACUUCUUGCCAUAUUUAAAUAUUUGAAUCCAAAAGAUUUAGCGACUUGUGCUCUAGUUUGUCGUUCUUGGGCGCGAUACAGUAUUGAUCCAAUUCUUUGGCGGCGUAUGAAUUUAACACGGACACAUCUUACUGCCGCACACUUAACUGGUAUUGUUAGAAGACAACCAGAAAGUUUAUGUUUAGACUGGACCAAUAUCGCGAAAAGACAAUUAGCUUGGCUGUUAGGUAGACUUUCUCAACUUCGUCAUCUAUCAUUGCAAGGCUGCAAUUGGGCUACUGGAGUUUGUGCGCUAAAAACUUGUACAUGCCCACCAUUAAUAACUUUAGAUCUUAGUUUUGUUUCUGGACUUAAUGAUUCAAGUGUUAGAGAAGUAUUAAGUCCACCAGCUGAUUCUCGACCUGGAUUAAUCGACAAAACUUCAAGAUUAAAACAUUUAAAAAGUUUGUCUCUUGCUGGCUGUAAUAUAACAGACGUAGCAUUGAGAUAUAUUGCUCAACAUCUUCCUCAUUUAGAAUCUCUUGAUUUAUCAUCAUGUGGUAGAGUUACCGACGCUGGUGUCGCCCAAAUAGCAACCCCUCCUGCACAAGCCAUCAAUAAUCUUGUGUCACUUAAUUUAUCGGAGUGUCGUCUACUUACUGAAACUACAUUAGAACAUUUAACUAGAUGUAAAGCUAUUAAACGGCUUGAUCUACGACAUACAACUCAAGUAUCAACUCAAAGUGUUAUUAAGUUUGCUGCAAGAAGUAUACAUAAUUUACAUGUUACUGAUGUUAAGCUUGUUGAAGAAAAAAAAAUAAAAGAUAAACCAAGAGAACGUGAGGUCACUUUCUGAAAAAAGAUAUCAAUUAGCAGCUCAUAAACGCAAUAUAACAGAUCAAAAAUUAAAUUAUUACAAUCAAACAGCAAAAUAUUUUGAACGUGAAAGUCAAAAAGCUAAACAAUUUAACACUUGGAACGUUGAAGUUAAAUC